AUGAAGGGACUCGUGACCCUUGUAGCAGGGGCCCUAGCCACUACCUGUGUGGAUGCACAUAGAGUUAAGGAAGCAUACGACCGAACAUUCCAUUGGGGUACUCUCAAGGCCACGAAGCUCCCCAAAUUCCUUACUAACAAUCCACUUCCUGGUGGCACACCCUGGGGCAAUAUUGAUCCCAAGAAAGUCGAUCCGAGAAUACCUCCUACAACUGGUGUGACAAGAUACUACGACUUUACGAUUAGCCGUGGUGAACUUGCCCCUGAUGGCUAUUUGAAGACUUCUGGCAUUCUUAUCAACGGCCAAUUCCCAGGUCCAACGAUUGAGGCAAACUGGGGUGAUAAUAUCCAAGUUCGUGUUACCAACAACAUCACUGGUCCAUUCGAAGGCACGGCUCUCCAUUGGCAUGGCCUCUUCCAGAACGGAAGUGCGUUCUACGACGGAGUUCCUAGUGUCUCUCAGUGCCCUAUCGCACCUGGCAGUAGCUUCACCUACAAGUUUCAAGCUGGCGUCUUCGGAACGUCCUGGUACCACUCACAUUACUCGGCGCAAGCUGCAGGCGGUCUCUUCGGCCCGUUGAUAGUCUACGGCCCAUCUCACGUUGACUAUGACGAGGACGUCGGCCCGGUUAUGCUAACAGAUUGGUUCCACAAGGACUACUACGAGAUCGUUAAGAAUGUCAUGAGUAACAACUCAACGCUGUGGGCAAACCCAUCAGACAAUACUCUGAUUAACGCUCGUAUGCCGUUCAACUGCAGCCAGGUGAAGGAUAACACACCCUGCAGUAACGCUUCCUACGCAAAGUUCCAGUUCAAGACCGGUAAAACCUACAAGCUGCGCCUCAUCAACGCCGGGGCUGCUGGUAUGGAGUACUUCAGUAUCGACGGCCAAACCCUACAGGUUGUCUCAGUCGACUUGACUGAUAUUGUUCCUUAUAAUACUACAAUUGUCACUCUAGGCGUCGGUCAAAGGAGCGACGUUCUCUUUACCCCAAAGGCAGUAAAUGGUACCAAAGCGAUAUGGAUGCGGACACUGCAAUCCGGGAAGUUCUGUCAACGCGCAACCAACCCUACGGCUCGCGCUAUCGUAUUACUAGACGGUGCGCCGACCAACGUGAUUCCCGCGACGACGGCCUAUCCUGCUCCAGUCGAUGACGGCACCUGCAAGAACGAUCCGCUCGAGUCAUCCAUACCAUACUACGCUGAAAAGGUCCCUGAUCCUAGUGUCACUGUGCAGAUCACGGUCAAUACCAUUGUAAACAGCACCGGCCAUCAGCUGUACACAAUGAACGACUCUCCCUUUAUGGCGAACUAUAAUAACCCACUCAUUGGGUUAGCUUAUCAGCAGAAUUAUAGCUAUCCGAGCCAUCCCGAGUGGAACGUUUUCAACUUUGGUUCGAACUCGAGCAUUCGAGUGGUAAUCUGGAACAACAGCUCCGGACCUCAUCCGAUGCACAUCCACGGUCACGACAUGUAUGUUCUCUAUGACGGCAAUGACAAGUGGGAUGGCACGACGAUUGUUAAUCCAUCAAACCCUCAACGCCGUGACACCCAUAACCUUCGACCUCAUGGUUGGAUGGUGAUGCAAUAUAAUGCUGAUAACCCGGGAGUUUGGCCAUUUCACUGCCACAUAGCCUGGCACUUGAGCAUGGGCAUGUAUGUCAACUUCAUGGAGCACCCCGAGAAAAUAAACCAAAGUCAAAUCCCGGGCAUUUUGAAGCAGACGUGUGAUCCCUGGAAUGCUUACACAGCUGACCAUACUGUGGAGCAGAUCGACAGUGGUGUGUAAAUAAGUGUAUAGUUUGUUUCUCAGGUGAGAAAAGUGUUGUUCAUAG